AUGGACAAUUCAGAGUCGAGAUGCUCCGUUGUUGUGGAGGUCGGAUCCCCUCCUUUCGAAUUCAACAUCGACGAGGCUCUGCUCGUUAAGCACAGCGGCUUCUUCAGAGGUGCCAUGAGCGGCCACUUUAUCGAGUCCAAGACUAAGAGAGUGCCGCUGCAUGACGAUGAUCCAUCACUUUUCCAACACCUCGCAGCUUGGCUUCGCACUGGCAAUCUUGACUCUUGCCUCAAGGAAGACGAUGACCACGAGACGACGGAGCAAGAAGACCAGGCCACCAACCUCUCCCACACGGUCGACACCCUCUUCAGCCUCUGGAUCCUCGGCGACAAACUGCAAAUGCCAUCGCUGCAAAACGCCACAACCCACUCCCUAAUCGACCUCACCACCAAACCCCACGCCUUCCAAACGCCAUGCACCCUCACCCAGCUCCCCACCAACUCCACCCUCUCCCUCGUCUACGACAACACCCUCCCCUCCUCCCCCCUGCGCCGCCUAGCCAUCGACAUGGCCCUGCUCACCGGCGCCGGCCACGGGCUGCUCGCCGACGACUCGGCGGCGGAGGAGCUGGAGCCGGAGAUCCUGCUCGCCCUCGCCCGUCGCGCCGUCGCCUUCUGGCACCAGGAGACGGCGGCGGGCUGGCUCGCCAAGCGCACGCAUCUGCGCGGCGCCGAGGGCUGCUACGACGUCGCCAGCCUACCACCUCCGCCCGGCCCAACAUCAUCGUCAACGUCAACAAUAACAACAACAGCAGCGAUGACGAUGCCGGGCCGCCUCGUGCUGCCCAGCGCCGAGCCAAUCAGGUCACAUCCUUCGCAUCAUUUCCUCGCCCCAAACGACAUUGUAGCGUGUCGUCACCAGCGCGCUCUCGGGGGCUUCCUGCCCAUGCGGCGCCCGCGGCUCCUGACGAUAGAAGGAGGAGAACGCGAAAGCGAAAGCGGCGGCAAGGGCGACGUCUACUUCAGCGUCGAAUGCGCACAGAGCUUGGAUGCGGGCGAGGUGGUGGGCUGCUGGCAGGAGGCGCGCAUCAACUUGGACGAGCUGCUCGACAACGACGACGGCCUUUUCGGUUGGUUGUCGAUGCCGCAUGCGGAUGGGAGGGGCGACUUCAGCCUCACGGCGCGAGGGCUGCAGCUCGUCGAGACUGAGGACGGUAGGGGCAUCGUUUUGGUUGCUGAGUUGCGCACGAAGGACCAGCGGUGGCAGCCGGCGUCUGAGUCGUUGUCGGAGAGGAUUGUCAACAGGUGGGGGCGGUUGGAGUAUCUUUCAUCUGAUCCUAGUCAUCGGUGCAAAUGUGACUUGUGGGAUGUUAUGCUCUAUUGA